UAAAAUUAAAAGUUUAAAACCCUUGAAAAAACCUCAGCAUUCAAGUUUCAGUGUGUGUCUUUUAAAAUCAUCCAAACAAUGUCUUCAUCUCUGAAAAUUCUGAGACCCAUAUCUUUCUUCCUUCUGUUUCUUCUCCUCCUCCCUUUCACAGCCUCCUUCUCCAUACAAGAACUCCUCCAGAGUCAAGGCCUGCCUAUAGGUCUCUUCCCGGACAAUGUUAAAUCCUACGAACUUGACCUUGAUGGUCGCCUGGAAGUGCACCUGGAAAGCCCAUGCAUGGCCAAGUUUGAUGGAAGAGUAUACUUUGACCGUGUGGUGAGAGCUAACCUUAGCUAUGGCGGGCUUGUGGGGCUUGAAGGGCUCUCGCAGGAAGAGCUAUUUUUGUGGUUGCCUGUUAAAGGUAUCAUAGUGACUGAUCCUUCUUCUGGGCUUAUCUUGUUUGAUAUUGGUCUUGCUUACAAGCAACUCUCUCUUUCUCUCUUUGAAAACCCUCCUGUUUGCAAGCCUCAAGAAGUUUUGGCAGAGAAUAUUGGAAGGAAGAAGAAGGAAUUCGAUUUCACGAGAUGAAAAUUCUUAGAGAUUUUGUUUUGUUUUUUUUUUUUGGCCUUUUGUUCUUUAUUUUCCUUCUUUAGAGUUUGUAGAAGAUCUUCGUAGGAUCUAAAAAUGGAAGAUGGAAGAUGAGAUUUUGUAAUCAACUGACAAAAUUUUAGGAGUUCAUAAAA